AUGAUAAACCGAAUCGUCAACCAGGCCGUACAAAAGCACAUCAUAGAAACGCUGGCAAACAACCCGUACUUUCAGCGUUUUGCUGCUAGCACUCAUGACAAGGUAUCUGAAUUGGCAAAGAAACGAUUGGAGCUCACCGACCACAUCACUGAAAAGUCGGUCGAUCAGUUGGGAAAACAUGGGCAUCGUGCUGAAAUGUUCCUGAGAGCCUAUGCAGAUGAAUUACGGCAAGCCUUCAACAAACUCAAGAAAUGA